AUGACUGAGAUAGCAUUUCCCAUUUCGAUCGGCCCAGAACUGGAGUCUUAUGUCGCUAAGCUUCUUGAUCAGGCCGGCAUCCCGAAUUUUAUCUGGGGAGACCCAGUUCUGGACAUUCUGGGCACUCCCUCUCUACCCCCUUAUUCUGGAUGGGCGAUCCCCGACCACUGCAUCGAAGCCGCAGCUAAGACGCUCGACGAGGCCAACUUCCCACCCUGUACGCAGGGUCGCGAUUGUACGGUCUUCCAGAUGAUCAGCAAUCCAUACCCGGACUACCAUUAG